AUUUGAGGUAGUUGACUCUGGUUACAUCUCAGUAGAUGAACAAGGCACUUAAUGAAACGGUCAAAAACAGGGAUGGGACAAAAGACAAAUUUUCUUACGAAACUCAGAAGAUUUGCUCUGAAAGCCAGUGUUUGCACAGUUUCGAGUGUCUAGAUCAGUAGUAAUGUAGAUGAUAAAGGUCUUUUGAGGGCCUAUUUGAUUUGUAAGUGUUUUGGGGUUUCUUGAAUUUGGUGGCAAAGGACAAUUAUUGGGAAAUUUCAGACUAUUUUCUUUUCCGCAGACAUGAAGGUGUUUACAGAACUUGGUCCUGACUACAAAUAAAGGCAUUGGAAGACUAACUGCUAUGCCUGUGGCCUGUAAAUCCGCGUUUGAAUAGUCCUGGCACUAGCUUGUUCAAGUCAGCAGACCAGUUAUCCUGCAGAAAGUCCCGCAAUCCCAUUUUGUCAUACCACUUCUUUGGUGUCAUCGUAAGCAUUGUUGAUGUGUACUUCAUAUUCCCUCACAUCAAGAGAUAGCAGUAUCUGGAUCUCCCCCCAGUAGCUGUUGCAAAGAUUGUUGAAGAAGGCAUGCCCAAAGAAAAAUACGAGCCCCCUGACCCUCGGAGGAUGUACACAAUUAUGUCCUCUGAGGAGGCAGCAAAUGGAAAGAAGUCACACUGGGCAGAGCUUGAAAUAAGUGGAAGAGUAAGAAGCUUAAGCUCAUCUUUGUGGUCAUUAACUCACCUGACAGCUUUGCAUUUGAGUGACAAUUUCCUGUCCCGCAUCCCUUCAGAUAUUGCCAAGCUUCACAAUCUGGUGUAUCUGGACCUGUCUUCAAAUAAAAUCCGGAGUUUACCAGCAGAACUCGGAAACAUGGUAUCACUCAGGGAACUCCAUUUAAAUAACAACCUGUUACGAGUUCUACCUUUUGAGCUGGGGAAACUGUUUCAGUUGCAGACUUUAGGCCUGAAAGGAAAUCCACUUACCCAGGAUAUACUGAACCUCUAUCUGGAACCAGAUGGAACCAAAAGGCUAUUAAACUAUUUGCUUGAUAAUUUGGCAGGUACUGCAAAAAGAAUUUCAACAGAACAGCCACCUCCAAGAUCUUGGAUUAUGUUACAAGAACCAGACAGAACAAGGCCAACUGCUUUGUUUUCUGUCAUGUGCUAUAAUGUUCUUUGUGAUAAAUAUGCGACCCGGCAGUUAUAUGGCUACUGUCCCUCAUGGGCACUGAAUUGGGAUUACAGGAAAAAGGCCAUUAUUCAAGAAAUCUUGAGCUGCAAUGCUGAUAUCGUAAGUCUUCAGGAGGUUGAAACAGAACAGUAUUAUAGUUUUUUUUUGGUAGAACUGAAAGAACGUGGCUAUAAUGGAUUCUUCAGUCCUAAAUCUAGAGCUAGGACAAUGUCAGAACAAGAAAGAAAGCAUGUUGAUGGCUGUGCAAUAUUCUUCAAGACAGAAAAAUUUACUUUGGUUCAGAAACACACUGUUGAAUUUAAUCAGCUAGCAAUGGCAAAUUCAGAAGGGUCCGAAGCUAUGCUGAACAGAGUCAUGACAAAAGAUAACAUUGGAGUUGCAGUGCUACUAGAACUUCGAAAGGAAUUGAUUGAAAUGUCAUCUGGAAAGCCACAUCUUGGAACAGAAAAACAACUUAUUCUUGUGGCUAAUGCUCAUAUGCAUUGGGACCCAGAAUACUCUGAUGUCAAGUUAGUUCAAACGAUGAUGUUUCUCUCAGAAGUGAAAAAUAUCAUUGAUAAAGCCUCACGAAGCCUCCAGUCCAGUGUAUUGGGAGAAUUUGGAAAUAUUCCAUUAGUGUUGUGUGCAGAUCUUAAUUCUUUGCCAGACUCUGGUGUUGUAGAAUAUUUGAGCACUGGUGGAGUAGAAACAAAUCAUAAGGACUUUAAGGAACUGAGAUAUAAUGAAAGUCUUACAAACUUCAGCUGUAAUGGGAAAAAUGGGACACCCAAUGGAAGGAUCACUCAUGGUUUCAAGUUAAAGAGUGCCUACGAGAGCGGCCUGAUGCCUUACACAAAUUACACGUUUGAUUUCAAGGGUAUAAUUGACUACAUCUUCUAUUCUAAGCCUCAGCUGAACACAUUAGGCAUCCUGGGACCUCUGGACCACCACUGGCUAGUUGAGAACAAUAUCAGCGGCUGCCCACACCCACUCAUCCCCUCCGACCACUUCUCACUUUUUGCACAACUGGAGCUCUUACUGCCUUUCCUGCCCCAAGUUAACGGCAUUCACCUUCCUGGCAGGAGGUAGUCAAGUACCUUCAGAAGAUGACCUCAAUUUCACUUUUAAACUUAUAAAAAAUCUGAAUAUAGGGGAGUGAGGUAUGGCCACUAGGGAUUUUUUUCUUAAUGAUGAUUUGAGUUCUCAAUCUGCAUAUUUCAUAAGGAUAUAGUAUGAAAGCCAGGUGCUAGCAAUGGACAAAUUCUGAGCCCAAUAUGCUUUAUAUACUGUUAGACAGGGAUUGGUGUGUUUGCACCUAUCUUUAAUUUGUUACAAGUAAUUUUCCUGUUUCUUCUAUCCAGUAUAAUAUUUUCAUGCCUUGAAAUAGGAAAAUGUUUGAACAGCAUAUCCUCUUUGCACAGAAAUCUGUAGCACUACUUUUCUGAGGCCAGUAAUAACAUCCAGAGACCAUUCUUCCAUACUUGACUCCCUCCUUUUUCAGACAUGUUUGUAAAGUACAGAAUUUGAAUUUAGCCUUUAUGAUUGUAUAUGAUCCACAGAAGACCUGAUUUAUGAAAUUUUGUACUAAAAAAAAUCAGAUUUGGAAAUGAUUGUAUUGUAAACUAAGGCUAAGUUUUUGGGGUUUUUUUUUUUGUUGUUGUUGUUGUUGUUGGGUUUUUGUUGUUUUUUUUUUAACCUGUUCCAUGUAUUUUAAAGGCCAGCUUGUAAAAGAAGUUGCAACAGACUUUCUCUGCUGAUGAUUUGCACUGUUGGGGUUUUCUUGGCCCUUUUGUACUACUUUGUUUUUAAAUGGAGAACAUUGCUUUUUAAACCUGUUUAAAGUUUAGGACAUUUUUUUGGACCAGAGGUAACCUUAUUUGUAAAUUCCUGGGUUUUUACAAAAACUAUCUACCAGGACAGAUAA